ACACGCUCGACUGACCGCCGGCGGCUGGUGAGGAUGGGAAGGAUGCGAGGGAGGGAGACGGCUCUCAGCCAGAGCCCCGCUGUCGCGGGCUGGAUGGGCUUCGUCCGGGAACAGGAAGCGGAGUCGGGGCUGGAGGCAGCGGACGAGUAGGAGUCUGCGGCGAGCACGUGCGCCCUGGGUCGGCCAGGGCGCUGGGCACCCUUUUCGAUCCUUCUCAUUGCUCCGGGGCCAGGACUUCGGUGCCCGGUGUCACCUGGAAGCCAGUUUUUCUGGCCUCUUUCCCCCUGGUCCGCGUGUCGGAGCAGAACACGGGCACCCUUGCCGGCCACGCACUGCUCAUUCUUCCGGGUGGAUGAGGCCGCCUGCAGAUCCAGGCUGGACCUUAUGGGCUGCCCGGGCGGAGGCUUUAAAAAGCUUCAUGGGAUACAACACCAUUGCUGGAUGCUUGGUAUAUUUAAGAACCCUGGUGGCAUGAGAAGCACUCUACAUAGGCACAGGGUGUUACCUGGAGUGAGAGAACUAAAUGAUCCAGACUCUCCUUAAUUCUACAUGAUAUCUGAGGCUGCUGAUGCCAAUUGAUGGACAUUAAUCUCUGUGUCAGGAGGAACCCGAUAAGUAAUGAUUUCAAGACAAGAACUGGCACAGGUGCUCUUCUCCAUUUCAAGAUGCCUUUGCACUUCUGAUAAAUGCAAACUGACCAGUCUUACCCAAAAAACAAGGCGAAUCAUUACUGCUUGAAGCCUGGGACCUGCCCUUAAUAAAGGAAAACCCUGAUUGUUGUUUGAAAUGCUGAGGAAGUUGCUGCGAAGGAGACUUUUUUCUUAUCGCACUAAAUACUACUUCUUGCUUCUUGUUUUUUCCCUAGUCACCUUCUCUGUUUUAAGAAUUCAUCAAAAGCCCGAAUUCAUAAGCGUUAGACAUUUGGAGCUCGUUGGAGAGAAUCCCAGUAGUAAUAUUAAUUGCACCAAAGUUUUACAGGGUGAUAUAGGUGAAAUCCAAAAGGUAAAGCUUGAGAUUCUAACAGUGGAAUUCAGAAAGCGCUCUCGGUGGACAACAUAUGAUUAUAUAAACAUGACAAGUGAUUGUAGUUCUUUCAUCAAGAGGCGCAAAUAUAUCGUAGAGCCCCUUAGUAAAGAAGAGGCAGAGUUUCCAAUAGCAUAUUCUAUAGUGGUUCAUCACAAAAUUGAAAUGUUUGACAGGCUCCUGAGGGCCAUCUAUAUGCCUCAGAAUUUCUAUUGCAUUCACGUGGACAAAAAAUCAGAGGAUUCCUUUUUGGCUGCAGUGAUUGGCAUUGCAUCCUGUUUCAGUAACAUCUUUGUGGCCAGUCAGCUGGAGAGUGUGGUGUACGCAUCAUGGAGUCGGGUUCAGGCUGACCUCAACUGUAUGCAGGACCUCUAUAGAAUGAGUGCAGACUGGAAGUACUUGAUCAAUCUUUGCGGUAUGGAUUUUCCUAUUAAAACCAACCUGGAAAUUGUCAGGAAGCUCAAGUCAUUAAUGGGCCAAAACAAUCUAGAAACUGAGAAAAUGCCAUCCAAUAAAAAAGAAAGGUGGAAAAAGCAUUAUACAGUUGUGGACGGAAAGCUGACCAACACGGGGACUGACAAAAUGCACCCCCCUCUUGAAACGCCUCUCUUUUCAGGCAGUGCCUAUUUUGUAGUCACUAGGAACUAUGUAGGGUAUGUGCUCAAGAACAAAAAAAUCCAGAAGUUUAUGGAGUGGGCAAAAGACACAUACAGCCCAGAUGAGUAUCUCUGGGCCACUAUUCAAAGGAUCCCUGAAGUCCCAGGCUCACUGUCCUUGAGCUCUAAGUAUGACAUGUCUGACAUGCAUGCGAUUGCUAGAUUUGUCAAGUGGCAGUACUUUGAAGGUGACAUUUCCAAGGGCGCCCCCUACCCCCCCUGCAGCGGAGUCCACGUGCGCUCUGUGUGCAUUUUUGGAGCAGGUGACUUGAACUGGAUUCUUCAUACACACCACUUGUUUGCCAAUAAGUUUGACACAGAUAUCGACCUCUUUGCCAUCCACUGUUUGGAUGAGCAUCUGAGGCAUAAAGCCUUGGACCUGUUAAAACACUGACCAUUUGCUGUGGGCAGUUUAGAAAUAAUAAGGAUGCCUGAGUCAUACCCCAUCUGAUUCUUCUACCCUGUUAAUAAACACCAGGAAAACUGCAGGGAGUGCCCUUUGGGGAAGAGACUCUACAGAGACGCUACAUGGUUUGGCAGAGCACAGUCACUUAGAAAAGUUACAGUGCUAAACGUUUACCUAAAGUUAAUGUGAGGCCAAAGUGGGUGGCAAGGUCUUCUAGGAAGAGGUGGCCCAGGUGGGAGGACAAGAGGCCAAACACAAAAAGCAGCCUGUGAAACAAGCUCAGGGACUUACUGAAAUGAUAAGAUUUAACCUGUGCCAAAAUGACUUGGAGAGCUUUAAGUAUAAUGGUUUUCCUGAUUUGGAUAAAUCUGUCUCAACAACCAAUCAUGAGGAUAUAAUUUAUCUUGUAGGUUAUAUUUGUUGAAAUAGAAAUUCUGCUUUGCUCUCCAUGAUCCUUGUGUGUAAUUUACGUCCUGCUGUACGUUGUGCUGGGUAGCGUGUCCAUGUAUGCCAUCUCAGGGAGCUCGCAAAAGCAGGAUUGAGUGAACAGGACUAUUUCUAAUUCUUGCUUCUAAUAAUUUACAUGCGUUUUUUAAAGAAAACAACAGGAAAUAGUUUCUAGUUUAGUUGAUUCUGUGAAUCAUCUUAGAUUAUUAGAAAAGCUAUCAAUUAUUAAAAAAAUUAAAAACAUUUUUGUUUAUAGAGUUUAUUUUUGUUUCUACAGAGUAACACUUAGGUUUUACAAGUAUUUGUUUCUCUUCUCCUCCUCUCAGUCACCCUAGACUCUACUAUCAAACUAUGUAAAACUUGUUUUCAUAGUGCUGAGUAUUACUGCCCGGUUCUCUUGUGGGAUCCGACUGACAGCACUAUUGACCCUUGAACCAUGCAGGUAUUAGGGACACCUACCCCCCUGCACAGGUAAAGAUCAACAUAAAACUUUUGACUCCCCCAAAACUUUACUACUAUAGCCUACUGUGACCAGAAAUCUUUGAUAACACAGGUAUUAACAUGUUUCUGUAUGUUACAUGUUUUGUAUACUCUGUUCUUAUAAUAAAGCUAUAGAAAAGA